GCUCUGGGGGGGGGGGCUCCAGAGUCACACAUGUAGCCUGGCACACUGUCACAGACAAAGGAUAUAAACUUUACAGAGGGUUGAGUGAGUUUCUGGAUAGCAUACACCUAAGCUGGAUUAGAACCCAAGUUUCUGGAAUCUAAGGCCUAUGCCUGUCCCCUCCCCUGACCUGAGUUCCUAGGAAGAGAGAACUCAACUGUAAGGCAAGAACACUGUGACACUGGGGACUCAGAGGGGAAGUGGUAACAGGGACAGACGGAAGGCCAGACCUCCUCUCACCCACUCAUCUACAAAAGUGUAAAAGCAAGAAAAACCAGGCUGGGGCUGCAGCUCCCUGGACCUACGUGGUGGUCCUGUCCAGGUCUCCAGAUCUAAAUACAAAAUAGCCAGGACAAGGCUUCACAAGACCCUGGAGGCCAGCGGCUGACAAAUGACUGAUGUCCAUCAAAUGCUUGCAUUUCCUUUCCUACUCACUCUGGACAGGAACAGCUGUCUGCAGCCACGCCGCGCCUGAGUGAGGAGAGGCGUAGGCACCAGCCGAGGCCACCCAGCAAACAUCUAUGCUGACUCUGAAUGGGCCCAGUCCUCCGGAACAGCUCCGGUAGAAGCAGCCAAAGCCUGUCUGUCCAUGGCGGGAUGCCGGGAGCUGGAGUUGACCAACGGCUCCAAUGGCGGCUUGGAGUUCAACCCUAUGAAGGAGUACAUGAUCUUGAGUGAUGCGCAGCAGAUCGCUGUGGCGGUGCUGUGUACCCUGAUGGGGCUGCUGAGUGCCCUGGAGAACGUGGCUGUGCUCUAUCUCAUCCUGUCCUCGCAGCGGCUCCGCAGGAAGCCCUCGUACCUGUUCAUCGGCAGCUUGGCCGGAGCUGACUUCCUGGCCAGCGUGAUCUUUGCCUGCAACUUCGUCAUCUUCCAUGUCUUUCACGGUGUGGACUCCAGGAAUAUCUUCCUGUUGAAGAUCGGCAGCGUGACCAUGACCUUCACGGCCUCUGUGGGCAGCCUGCUGCUGACCGCUGUUGACCGAUACCUAUGUCUGUGCUACCCACCUACCUACAAAGCUCUCGUCACCCGUGGGAGGGCACUGGUGGCCCUUGGUGUCAUGUGGGUCCUCUCGGCGUUGAUCUCCUACCUACCGCUCAUGGGGUGGACUUGUUGUCCUAGUCCCUGUUCUGAACUUUUCCCCCUGAUCCCCAACGACUACCUCCUGGGCUGGCUUCUUUUCAUUGCCAUCCUCUUUUCUGGCAUCAUCUAUACCUAUGGGUAUGUCCUCUGGAAAGCACACCAACAUGUAGCCAGCUUGGCUGAGCACCAGGACAGGCAGGUGCCUGGGAUAGCUCGGAUGCGGCUAGACGUGAGGUUGGCCAAGACUCUGGGCCUGGUCAUGGCUGUUCUGCUCAUAUGCUGGUUCCCUGCACUGGCUCUCAUGGGCCAUAGCCUGGUCACCACACUGAGUGACAAGGUCAAGGAGGCCUUCGCCUUCUGCUCCAUGCUGUGCCUUGUUAACUCCAUGAUCAAUCCUAUCAUUUAUGCCCUGCGGAGUGGAGAGAUCCGCUCUGCUGCCCAGCACUGCCUGACAGGCUGGAAGAAAUAUCUCCAGGGCCUCGGAUCUGAGGGGAAAGAAGAAGCCCCAAAGUCCUCAGUUACAGAGACAGAGGCUGAGGUGAAAACCACCACAGGGCCGGGAUCCAGAACACCAGGCUGCUCCAAUUGCUGAUACGGCCUGUCUUUCUUUCUUUCUUUUUUUUUUUUUUUUAAAGAUUUAUUUAUUUAUUAUAUAUAAGUACACUGUAGCUGUCUUCAGAUACACCAGAAGAGGGCAUCAGAUCUCUUUACAGAUGGUUGUGAGCCACCAUGUGGUUGCUGGGAUUUGAACUCAGGACCUCUGGAAAAGCAGUCGGGUGCUCUUAACCACUGAGCCAUCUCUCCAGCCCACGGCCUGUCUUUCUAUGGAAGCAGUCCGACUCAGAAGUCAGGUCACUCCCUCCAGAAGAGAGGGGUCCUGGACCCUGAAUAUUUCUGAAGCCAGCUCUAGGGUAAUGGAAACAGAACUUCCCACCCCCUUUUUUGCUAAGGAGUGCUGGGGUUCAUGGCUGGAAGACGGCCUGGUCUUGCCUACCUUACGCAGUCUGUGGAGAGGGGCCUGUAAAAAUGGCGGGCUCUGUUCACAUCAAAUCGGGAAACCCUCCUGACUCCAGAGACCUAGAGGCCAGAGGGGCCUCCAGGGACGAUAAUGAAGGACUCAGGGGAUCUGUGAAGACAAGGGACCUGUUCUCCUGGAAUCUAGGCUACCCCGGCUGUGAGGCCUCUGCCCACAACUUCACAGAUGUCCAUAUCUUCCACAGUGUGGGUUCUAGGCCGCCCUGCUGAAGAUGGAUAGCAAGACCAGCUAUUUCUGGUUCCUGCUUCACUGAUUGGAACUCUGUGGCUGUAGAGCGAUGUGACCUUCAGGCCACCCUUGCCUCUUGAGGAUCAAGAAUUAUGAUGUGCUGAGGACCAAGGAGGUUCACUCUCUCCCUUCAGACAGAGCCAUGUGCUGUCAGCUCAGGGUAUCUUGUUGUUGGAACAGGACCCUCCUGAUAGCCCGAUAAGCCUUGAAAAUCAUUAUGACUUUAGGUCCUUGGGGACCCACGGGAAGCCAGGUUCACUUGAGGUACAGAGUCCUCAGAGAACUGUAUGGACCUUGUGACCUUCUGCUGUGUCUCCCAUAGCACUAUCCCAGUCCAGCCUAGCUUCAGUAAAAAUCAAGGUAUUCACAAAGAGUCUUUGGGUUCUAGAUUGUUCCUAGUGAUGCUCAACUCAGCUUCCCUUGCCUCUUCCAGACUCUGGUCCUGAAGGAUAAGCAGGAGUUGGGAGGAGACUGCCUGCUGCGGACAUCCUCGAUCCACAGCCCCAUGCUGUCUCUGGGUACCUGCAUUUUACCUUCAGCAAAGGUUGCAUUCCCAACAGACGGAGGUUCAAGGCGCUGCUGGUGGUAGGGGUAGGUAGCACUGGGGACCGAAGACACGGUGAAAGGAAAACCCUCAAACACUUUCUACUUUUGCUUUUAGCAGAUUCAGCCAACAGACAAGACGUCCGUCCCCAUUGCCCAGAGGAACUAACAUGGUGGUGUUCAGUGAGAAGACCAAUCAGCCUCCCUAAUAAAGCAGGGCAGUCCACUCUGCUAUAAACCCUCUCACAUGCCUCUGCAGGAGGACAUUUUGUUUUCUCUGUUAAGGUCAAGUGAAGGUCACAGUGUCUCAUUUUAUUCUUCCCAAGACAAGUUCUGUGCAUCAAAAGCUGCUGCAAAUUCUACUCUAAUCGCUAUGUGGGAGGACUCGGGGAAGAAGUUGAUUCGUCUGGGCUUUGUGUUUUAGACCGUAUUUCAACAUACACUUGGGAAGGAAGAAACAGAAAAUACAUUGUGUUUCCUUGUUACUCCCCAAAGGAGGAAGUGCUUGGUUCUGUCAACUUCAACAGAUUUCUCCAAGGUGCCAGACAGAGAAGGUGGAGAUACGGUUUCCGCAGCUGUGAAUUCCGGCACCACCUUUGGCCCUCACUUGCUUGUGUGAUCUUGGGCAACCCCUGCCCUUUGCCUUGCUUUGGUUUCCUCCUUGGUACAUCGGGAAUGGUAGGAAAGAAGAUGCCUUCAAGGGGCAUUCAUUAAAACCUGGUAUUGCUCUAA